CGCCAUUUUGCAUUUGGCCGAGAGAUGAGAAGCGCCUUAUUGCAUUUCGCCUUCUGGGCGCCGCCAUUUUAGGUGCCUUCAUAAAAUGCCCGUCGAGAAUCCCCUCUUUUUUCGCCCCGCUCCCAAGAUGGCGUCGAUGCGGGAGAGCGACACCGGCCUGUGGCUGCACAACAAACUGGGCUCCACGGACGAGCUGUGGGCGCCGCCGAGCAUCGCCUCGCUGCUCACGGCCUCAGUCAUCGACAACAUCCGUCUCUGUUUCCACGGCCUUUCCUCGGCCGUCAAGCUCAAGCUGCUCCUGGGGAUGCUGCACCUGCCCCGCCGGGCGGUGGAUGAGAUGAAAGGGGCACUGACUGAAAUUAUCCAGCUCGCUACCUUGGAUUCAGACCCCUGGGUCUUAAUGGUAGCUGAUAUUUUAAAAUCCUUUCCAGAUACUGGCUCCCUUAACCUUGAUCUUGAAGAACAGAAUCCCAAUGUUCAAGAUAUUUUAGGAGAGCUUAGAGAGAAAGUAAGUGAAUGUGAAACUUCAGCUAUGUUGCCGUUGGAAUGCCAAUACUUAAACAAAAAUGCCUUGACAACACUAGCUGGGCCACUUACUCCCCCAGUGAAACAUUUCCAGCUGAAAAGGAAACCUAAAAGUGCCACUCUCAGAGCUGAACUCUUGCAGAAGUCAACAGAAACUGCACAACAGCUCAAGAAGACUGCAGGAGUGCCUUUCCAUGCCAAAGGCAGGGGACUGGUCAAGAAGAUAGAUACAACAACACCACUCAAAGGAAUACCAAAACAAGCUCCCUUCAGGAGUACUUCAGCUCCCAGUGUUUUUAGUCCUUCUGGAAACAGAACUCCUAUUCCUCCUUCAAGAACACCUUUGCGCAAAGAAAGAGGAGUAAAGCUUCUAGAUAUCUCUGAGCUGGAUAUGGUAGGUGCUGGCCGUGAAGCAAAGAGAAGAAGAAAGACAUUAGAUACGGAAGUUGUGGAAAAGCAAGCCAAAGAAGAAACAGUAGUAGAAAAUGCUACCCCAGAUUAUGCUGCUGGCCUUGUAUCUACACAGAAACUUGGCUCGUUGAACAAUGAGCCUGCACUACCUUCUACAAGUUAUUUACCUGCUACCCCCAGUGUGGUGCCAUCUUCCUCCUAUAUCCCAAGCUCUGAAACACAGCCAGCUGGUUCUGCACGAGAGGCCUUGCAGACCAACAGGCAGACGGAAGAGCCUGCAGCUCCAAAUGCUACUACAACUCUCCCUGCACAGUUCAAACAAAGAACACCCAUGUACAACAGUAACGCUAAUCCCCCUGCAGCUACACCUACCUCACCCCUUACACCCACCACACCUCCUGCCAUCUCCCCUGCGGCACAGGCACCACAAGUGGCCCCCCAAACUCAGCAGCAGCCACCACCGAAGAAAAGCCUCUCUCUCACAAGGGAGCAAAUGUAUGCUGCACAGGAAAUGUUCAAGACUGCAAACAAAGUUACAAGGCCAGAAAAGGCUCUUAUACUUGGAUUCAUGGCAGGAUCCAGAGAGAAUCCUUGCCAAGAGCAAGGUGACAUCAUCCAAAUUAAACUUAGUGAACAUACAGAAGAUUUACCAAAGGCAGAUGGCACGGGCAGCACCACUAUGUUGGUUGACACAGUCUUUGAAAUGAACUAUGCUACUGGUGAAUGGACCAGAUUCAAGAAGUACAAACCUAUAACUAACGUUUCCUAAGAGAUGCAGCAGCAGCAGACUGGACCAAAUCAAGUUUAGAGUCAACCAGCUCAUAGAGUAUGUCAACUGUACAAAAUGGCAUUCAUGUGUACAUUUCUUACUACCCUUCAGAGUAGAAGCUGUGCUCUUCAACCAAACUCAGCUCAGUGAACACAGAAGUGGUUGAUGGUGUCAAACUCAAAUAUUUUUUUUAUAAAUCUUGGGAGAGGGAAAGAUGAUCUUUGGGGGGGGUGGGGGGACAUUGUUGGUGUGUUUUUAUUCAGGAUGAUGUCUUGGAAGUUCAGGAUGCUGAAAAAGGAGAUCACAGCUGAAAGGUUACAGAUGGGAGCAGUUCACUGCUAAGUACCAGAAGAGAAGACUACUGCACAGUCACUCAUGGUUUACUGUUAACUGAGGGCACAGAUCUUUAUUAUAAAAACAUUUUCUUUGGCAA